CAAAUUGCUUCCUCAAUUCCAGCGGCGGCGAUGGCGGCGGCGGCGGCGGCGAGGUCCGGAUUCCGGCGCAUGUUCUCCAUCUCGGCCUUCUCCCCGCCGAAGCCGCCGACCCCUCCCCCCAAGGCCGACCCCUCCCCCAACCUCUUCGUCUCCGGUUUAAGCAAGCGUACAACAACAGAUGGACUUAGAGAGGCUUUUGCAAAGUUUGGGGAAGUCUUACAUGCUCGAGUUGUCACAGAUCGUGUCACUGGGUUCUCUAAGGGGUUUGGCUUCGUAAGGUAUGCUACAGUUGAAGAUGCAGCUAAAGGAAUAGAAGGAAUGGAUGGAAAGUUUCUCGAUGGUUGGGUUAUUUUUGCCGAAUAUGCUAGACCCAGACCACCACAGCAGCAACCAGAAAUGAACUCACAGCCACAACAAUCAUGGGGCCCUCCAUCCAGUUCCUGGGGUGCGCAAUAGAUGAAGAUACAAUAAUCUUGGGGCCCUCUAUCAGGCUAUGGAGCUCACAGCGGAUCGACAAGUUAUUGAUUCUAUAUUUAGUUUUAUAUCUAUAUCAUAUUGUUCCAGGUGUGAACGGAGCUUCCGAUCCAAUAUUCUUAUCGUGUUGGAGUGGUCGUUUGCUUGCAUCCAUGGCUUCCGCAUGGAGAAGCACUUGUCAAACUGAAUAUGGACCAAGCAAUAUUACUAUCAAUGCACAACGGACACAAACAGCUUCAAACCUUUGCUAAUAAUGACCCCUGUCCUGCUUGUCCUGACUCAUGAGGUGCUGGUUGUGUUGGUGUUAUUACCCUUUCAUUUGAAUUGUCGUAGCCCUUAUCAGCUGGUGGCAUGUGCUGCUCAUGUACUGGAUAAUGACUCGUAGCCCAGAAUAAGAACACGUUUACAUAUGACAAGGUACAACCUAAUUUUCCUU